AUGAGUGUUAUAUUACCUGGGGAUGAUUUAGGCAUAUCCACCGAUCAGAUAGAAACUUCCAUAGGACCAGGAAUCUACAAGGUACCAGGCAUAAAAGAUACUAAGUUGAUUCCUAUAAAUGGUGGUCUUCUCAACAUUCAAAGAAAUAAACAAGGAACUCGUCAAGCAGCACAUUUGGAAAGCAACUCAAGAAGAUAUAUACCUCAGGUAAGUGAUAUGGUCAUAGGAACCAUUGUGGGUGUUUACGCUGAGUAUUAUAAGGUGCUGCUACAGAACUUUCUGUCGAAUGUGACAUUAUCUGUGAUGGCUUUCCCCAAUGCUACAAAGAAAAACAGACCUAAUCUUAGACAGGGUCAAUGUGUAUAUGCUCGUGUGAGUUCAUAUAUUCCUGAUUUGGAGACUGAGUUGGAAUGCUUUGAUCUUUCUACGGGGAAAGAUGGAGGUUUCGGUUUGUUGGACGAAUCCGGCUACAUAUUUGAUGUUGAGCUUAACUACGCCCGAGAACUUUUGUUCAAUCCAGGUUUCUUGGUACUCGAGAAGCUCUCAACCAAAUGUAUGUUUGAAAUAGCCAUUGGAAUCAAUGGGAAAAUCUGGUUAAAGUGUGGCGAUGGUGUACCAAUACCUGGGAAGUCAACUGAUGAAGACUCAGAUAAAAUGGAUGUUGAUUACGUUAAAGAUUUGAAGACUACAUUAGCUGCAGCCAAUUACAUUAAGCAGUGUCAGAAAGUUUCACCAGAACAGUUCGAUAAGGUUCUAGCCGCAUCGUUCAAAGGGUUAUAG